UCUCGGCGCCUCUCGGCCUCUCGGCGUCACUCCAUCGGCGACUCCAGCCUCAGCCUCAGCAUCCGCAGCCGGAACAGUCCGCAGCAGCCCCGCUCCGAACCCAGCCCCCACAGCCCCAGCACCGCCCAGCCAUGACGGCAGUGGCGAUGCUCCUCGCCGCGGUGGCGGCGUGCGCCCUGGCCGCGCCGCAGCUGGUCGUCCAGCCCCUGGACCAGGUGGUGGACCCGGCGUCCUCCACGGCCGCCCCGGAGGCCGAGACGUCGACGUGGAGCCAGGAGCAGGAGAGCGACUGCUCGGAACAGAUAGGGCAGGUCGUCAACGGCGAGGUCGUCAACACGAUGCGCAAGUACGACGUCGAGAAGAUCCUGGAGGAGCACGGCGGCGCGGCGGGCAAGCUCAACGUGACGAGGAACUUGGACGUGCCGGAGUUCCCGGUGAAGGACCCGGCAGAGAAGCCCCUGCAGGACACCGACGACACCACGUACUACGUGUACGACUACAGGCGCACGGACUACAAGACGUUCGUCCGCGUGGAGCACGCGCUGAUCCGCCACAAGGGCAAGCAGGACCAGUUCGAGGACGUGCGCGGCGAGCUGUACUGGACGCCGCCGGACUUCUGCGGCAAGCUGCGGCACGCCACGUACCGCGUGGACCCGGAGGGCUUCGCGGCCGACGUCACCCUGGAGUACUGCUUCCUCAACGCGGAGACGCUGACGUGCGCCCUGCCGGCCACGUGCCACUCCAACGACACCUACAUGGCCUGCGUGGCGGCGCCCUCCAACGCCCUGCUCGCCUCCCUCGUCGGCUAGCCUAACAGUUUUGUCUUUGUCUAGCUCUAGCCGGAGGGCUAAAAUUUUACCCUGUUUAUUUCCAGUGCAGUGCCAGUGCUCCGAGCCUACUGUACCGCUCUGACAAGUCAUAAUAAAUCGAAACGCUCGUACAGCCGA